AUGGCAGAUUCUAAGUUUUUACUCAAAUUUAAGGCUCUUGCGACAUUGUUGUUGGAUUUUGAAAAUGAAUAUAAUGCCAUAACACCAGGUGAACUUACUAUGUUCACUAUGGAGCCUCGAAAAGUUGAACUUAACCGACUUUGGUCUAGGAUAAAUGAAUCCUAUGAGAAUGUUUGUGUUGAGUGUAGUGUAUCUAAAGAAAGGGAAGAGGCGUCACAACUUUAUAGACAGUGUAAGGAAGCAUAUAUGAGUUGUGCAGCGCAAAUGGGCGAAUUAUCUCAGUCCUUUGUUGAACAGUCCGCUAUGUCGUCUACAAUGGCUAGCCCUAAUCAUAUACCAAGGGCAGAAAGAUUGGAAACUUCUUUUGCUGACCAUCGUCUACGUUUGCCUCCGUGCACCACAGAAAUCUUUCACGGUGAUUAUUUGUCUUGGCCGUCAUUUAGAGACAUGUUUAAGGCAGUUUAUAUUGAUUGUAGAUCCAUCACCCCGGUAGAAAAGUUGUUUUAUUUGCGUCAAAGUACACAAGGGGAAGCUUUAGAAAUUGUUAAAAAAUCUCCUUUAACAAAUGAUGGUUUUGAAAAUGCUUGGACAAAUCUGAAAGAUCGUUAUGAAAAUAAACGGAUCUUGGUAAAUAGUCAGUUGAAAAUACUUUUCAGUCUAGAAUCAAUAAAAAAUGAGUCUGCUGGAGAAAUAAAACGACUUCAAAGGGAUAUUAAUAAUUGUAUUACGGCUUUGAAGUUACACCAGGUGAAUAUAGAAAGUUGGGAUCCAAUAUUUGUGUUUUUAUGCUCCACUAAAUUACCCACUAACACCUUAUCGCUUUGGGAGCAAACGGUUAGUAAUAAAACCGAGAUAAGCAAAUGGUGUGAUCUUGAUAGUUUCCUGACGGCCAGAUUUCAGUCACUGGAGACUGUAUAUGAUUUAAAGCAUACUGAAGAUGCUAAACCUAGUGGAAACAAAAAUCCCCACGACGAUUCUCGAUCAAGCAGAAAAUUUAAAUCUUACCAGGUGAACAUAAAUCAAAAAUCUUGUUUUGUAUGUUCGCAAGAUCAUUGGUUGAAAUCUUGUCCACAGUUUUUAAAGAUGAAUCAAGAACAAAGGUUUAUUGUUAUAAAGCGAAACAAUCUCUGCCUAAACUGUUUCAGUAAUAACCAUAAACUUAGUCAGUGUACCAAAAAAAUUAGUUGCUCAAAAUGUCGUUUAAAGCACCAUACCCUUUUGCAUAGAGAGUCUAAACCAUCAGAGUCUAUUGCUAUUGCGAAUUCUGAUGCCCAGCCUAGCACUAGCAGGCAAAUUGCUUCAAGCUCUUCUAGUAGUGGACCGACAGUGCAGAAUUGCUUUGCAGCUACUCGAAGACAGGUUCUCCUGGGAACGGCCAUUGUUCAAAUUGAUGUAAAUGGAAUCAUAUUUUCGGCUAGAGCUUUAAUUGAUUCGGGUUCUCAGGCCACAUUUAUUUCCGAGAAAUUGCAACGACAGCUCAAUCUUCCAAUUAAAAAGGUCAAUGCGAGAAUUUCAGGUCUAAACGAUGCAUUAGCGGGAUCGGCUGAAAAACAAUGUACAUUUGUUUUGAGAUCGCCUCAUAAUAGCUUUGAGAU